AUGAAUCCGUGGAUGCUUUGGAAGCGAUUUAAUCCGUACGAGUUAACAGUAUCGUUUGCGCAAAAGCGUGUUAAAUUGAUGAUGACCAGUGUUCAGAUGAGUCAGAAUUGCCUUUCACCAGCAUCUCGAAUUCGUAUUGCUGCUGACGUUCAUCAUCGACACAGUAUUAGUGACGAUGACAGUGGAUGUAUUCUCGAAGAAUAUUCAUGGGUACCCAGUGGUAUUAAGCCGGAUAUGGUGCACAUGUACUUUGCGUGUCUUCCGGAGGACAAAAUUCCGUACGUGAACUCAGUUGGUGAGAAAUGGCGAAUUAAACAGCUGCAAUAUCAACUUCCGGCUCAGGACUCUGACCGACAAUACUGCGCAAAAUUGAGCGAGCAAGAGCAGUUGGAAUUGGUGCAGUUUGAGAGCGAUCGCAAGCGACAAUCGCUUGGUCGAGGCAUCAUCAAGCAACUACCUUACGACAGUAAACGAAGACAUUGUCAUCAGGUUAACUCUUCGUUUGUUACGACCUUAUCGUUUGGUUUUUGUCCAUUAAUCGAGAGUUUUGAACUUUUAUGA